UCAUACUUCCUGAAACACCUGUUUGUCAGUUAGUGGGCACUGAACAGGCACAGCGGAGCAAAUGAGUUACACAAAAACAUGGACGACGAGUCCCUGGAAUACAAUUUAUUCUAAUUCCCUACCUCAUUUUACUGAAAUGGUUCGGCAACAACAUAUGAGUAUACGUUUGAACAUUGUAUUGUUGCUGUAUUUAAUGGUUUGUUUUGUGCUGUGCCCUGUGUCAGGCAUAACAGUGAGCUCCCCUGCGGAGGUCCAUUCUGUGAGGGGUGAUGCCGUCACCCUGACUUGCAUCUUCACCUCUACCAGCCGAGCCACCAGCCGUAUGUCAGUGGACUGGUCCUACAGGCCUCAGAGCGGAGGCCCUCCGCAGGCGUUCUUCCACUUCUCCUCUCUGGUGUUCCCUCCGCGGGAUGGCCAGUUUAAUGGGCGUGUGAAGUGGCUGGGUAGCCCGGCCCGGGGAGUGGCCUCCAUCCAGCUCCUCAACGCCUCCCUCAGCGACAAUGGCACCUACAUCUGCUCCGUCAGGAACCCACCCGACGUCCACGGAUUCCCCACCUCACAGACCGUCCUCACCGUGACGCCCGAAGUGCUCGCGGUUCACUUCUCAGAUGUGGCGGUGCUUUUAGCCUUCAUACUGCUUCCUUCCACCAUCAUCACGCUGGCUCUGCUGGGUCGCAUGUGCUGCCCUCCGAGGGACAAGAGCCAGACCCAGGGUUACCACUCCCCUAUUGAGGUCACACCUGGAGAGGAGCCUGGCUUCAAGCAGAUCCACAGCAAGGAGAAAAACAUGACAUGCUGCCACAUAUAUUUGCUGGAUUCCGACUAUGAGGAUUACUACGUCCACAAAGAGAGGCCUCCGGCUCAGGGAGAGACCAUGGCCGAGUCUCAGUGCUAGAGAUCCCUGGUGGCGGUGGUCUGUAAGAACAGCGGCCCCCUCCAUCCUUGCCAAUGGGAGGGGUUGAACGGAAUUCUCCCAGUCUCUCACACACACCUCCCUUCUCUCAUGGCUUGUCCACAGCUGAUUCCGCUGGUGGGAUAAAUGUGAGUCCUGUGCCAGACACACACACACGUUUAGCACUAUACUCUAAACAUUUCUGGAUGGAUUUUCUUAUUUUGAAGGAGGUGCAUAUAUUAUUAAGUUAUUGUCUGCUUUAUAACUUUGGACAUUUUGAAUAAUUGUUUUUGUACCGCUAUUAUGAGAGUUUUUUUGAACUAUCGGUCUUCUUGAAAUCUAUUGCUAGAAUUGUAGACAAUCUUUACCUGUGGCUACAUCUGCUUCAUUGAGUCCAAUUCAUAUUAUUUUAAACUUGUCUUUAGAGUUAGUGUCACAUAUGAACCCAUUCAAAUGACUACAUUCAGGAGUGGACAUAUUAUGACCUCACAUUCUGAGGUUGAAUGAAUUUACAGGAUUUGAUUUACAUGUUAGAAUUUGGAUGUACAGUGUAGUGAAUGUUGUUGAAUGCAUGUAUGUGCAAAAUGUAUUAUAAUUAUGCUUAAUAAAAUACAUAAAUGUU